GACUUUGUUUCAUGCUCUAUUAGAUGGAAAUAAUUUUUAAAUCUUACGUAUUUGCAAUGUGCUUUUUCUUUUCUCUUAUGAUAUGGCAUACUUCUUGAUCCUGCUGUUGCACGAAAAAUUCAUCAAAUGGCUGAUUAUUUUAAUUUUAUCCUUUUGUCACCAUUCAGAGUGGACUGGUGUGGCCACAUGGCGCUGGGUUGCCAAUGAUGACAAUUGUGGUAUUUGUCGCAUGGCAUUUGAUGGUUGUUGUCCAGACUGCAAGAUACCAGGGGAUGACUGUCCUUUAGUUUGGGGUCGUUGUUCUCAUGUCUUUCACAUGCACUGUAUUCUUAAAUGGCUAAACUCGCAGCUGCAUCAACAGCUGUGCCCGAUGUGCAGGCAGGAGUGGCAAUUCAAGGAAUAGACAUGUGCUUCAUAAACUACUCACUAUUUUAACUGGCUUUUAAGGUUGUUGGUUUGAUGCCUUGAGAAUGGUGUUUGCUCUCUUCAGCUGUUCACGGAGUGAGGAAUGGAUGCUGAUAGAUUAGGGGAUAGUUAAGAGAACAGGAAGUAACUUUGAUCAGAACUAAAGCACAGUGCAAGUGUGAAGAGGUAGUCCAAAAGCUGACUUGUCUGUCGAAAAUAAAUUCAGUACACUUCCACAUAAUGAGCUUAUAUCUGAACUCAUCAGGAAAUUUGUGCUUUUUUAAAGACAAAACAAAAUAUCCCUACUUUCAUUGUAAAUUAUCCAUGUUUAUUUCAAAGAUUACAAUCUGUAAAAUGCUUGCUGUGGCUACCUAAGAAAACAUUAAAUUAUUGCAAAACACA